GUAAAUAUUAUUUUUUUGUUUCCCUUUUGACAAUUUUUUUUCCUUAAUUUUCACCGACAGUGCACUUAUGUUUGUUUUUAUAUUUGAUAGCUUAUUUUCAUUGCUUAUAAAGGGUGCAAGUAAAAAAACCACAGAAAUGUAUAUUUUGACAAUUUCUUCUAUAACAUUUUUGACAUUCUUGUAUUGUGAAUUUUUGGCGGACUUUUUACAACUUUCGCGGUGUCGAUGGCCAACUUUUGAAACAAAAAGCUUAAAAAAGGAAAAUGAAUUAAGAGCCAUGAUAAUUGCAGACACCCAUCUAAUUGGCCCAGUACAUGGCCACUGGCUGGACAGAUUAUAUAGGGAAUGGCAUAUGCAUCGGAGUUUUCAGGCCUCUAUGCGUCUCUUCGAACCUGAUGUUGUUUUUGUGUUGGGUGAUCUCUUCGAUGAAGGAGAUUUUGUAAAUAGUAAUGAUUUCGAACAAUAUGUCGAGCGCUUCCAUCGUAUUUUUAAGACACCAAGCAAUGUGUCCAUUAUUAGUGCUGUGGGCAAUCAUGACAUUGGUUUCCAUUACAAAAUGGAUCGAAGUUUCAUUAAACGUUUUUCCAAACAUUUUAACAACACGGGUGUUGAAAUUUAUACAAUCAAAGGAAAUCAUUUUGUUAUGAUUAAUUCAAUGGCAAUGCAAAAUGAUGGUUGUGGUUUUUGUAAUGCGGCGGUGCGUGAUUUAAAGAGUAUAUCUGAAAAACUAAAAUGCCUCAAAAAUAAAGAUCGCUGCGAAGAUAAUGAAGUUCUACAAAAACACAAAACCUACAGUCGUCCGAUUUUAAUGCAACAUUUUCCCACCUAUCGAAAAUCGGAUGCCGUUUGUAGAGAACAUGAUGCACCAAGCAUUGAGUUCUUUCGCGAAAAUUGGGAGGUGCUCUCAAAAGAAUCCACAGAUUUAAUAGGCAAACUUCUAACGCCGCGAGUUGCUUUCGCCGGCCACAGCCAUCAUUAUUGCUUGAAUAUAAAUCGUUUUGGCGUAGAAGAAUAUACAGUAGCCUCAUUCAGUUGGCGCAAUAAAGUAGAGCCGAGCUUCUUGCUGGCUUCUUUUAGCGGUUCUUCCUACGCUGUCGCUAAAUGCAAUAUGUUAGCGCAAAUGCAUGUCUACAAUACAUACAUAGCGGUUGCGACAAUAUUAAUAGCAACAAUUAUUUUUCAAAUAUCACGAAAAUUCUUGAGUAUAAGUAAAAAAGCUUGAAACCCACUUUACCAAUAAGGUAUUAUAAACGAAAAUGUUUAGAAACUAGCAAAUGUUUAGACUAAUAGUAAAAGCGGUGUUGGGUUGAUCCAGUCACCUUACGAGGUAAUUAUUUUUAAUCAUUAAAAAUUUUUAAUUUUUGUUUUAUUAACAUUUUGCAUUUAAAUUCUUCGCGGAAACCUUAACAGUAGAUUAUUACCUAGAUAAAGUAUUAUUAUAGUAAAGUUAUUUUAGUGAUCAUAAAAAAGUAUUUUUUAUGCUGUCGUGCAAUUAUUUAGAAUAUAACAAAUUAAAUUUUCUUAUAUUGAAAAUACCAUAAAUAAAUAAAUAUGUUAUGAAAGAAAACAUGUCUGUAAGGAGUAUGGGACUUAGUUGUUGUAGAAAGUUACUUUUGUUCGCGUGUCUGCCACCCCUCGAUUACUUGUGGUAGUUGCGAAGUUCAACAUAUUACUUAACUUAAAAAUAGCGAAGCGGUGUAGGCUAAAAUAAAAAAUAAUAAUAAUUUUGUAUUACCGUUUUGUUUCAUAAAUUCAAAACGUUCCCAAGACAGUCGGGUCUAUAUAACCGGAAAAUACCCGAAUUUUUAUCCUCCCGAGGAUUAUCAACUUGGCAGCAUUCCUCCAAAUUACUGCAGGGAUGUAUAAUAAAACAACAAAACAAAAAAAUUUUCCUACACUUUCCCAAGCAAAUUUAAGACAAACAAACUAUUUUUUAAAAUAUUUGUAGUUUUUAUUAUAUAUAAUAUUUGCGUUUGUUUUGACAUUUUAUUUAUUAAGUUGUAAAGCAGAUACCAAGCGUUAUCACAGACGUUCAUAAUUGGCCCGCAAUUGCAUUUAUGCAUAUUGUAUAUCUUGUUAUUGAUUAUGAUAAUUUUUCAUUUGAGACAAUAUAUAACAUAUGUUCAUAUGUAUAUACACAUAAGUAUUAAAUGAUCUAUAAUAUGACUCAAAAAAAUUACUUACAUAGAUUGAGGUGCGAAUAGGAUUACGAAAAUGCUACUAAUUUUACAAGACAUUUUUUUAUUAAUGUUUUUUAUGCUUUUUCAUGUUUUUAUGUACAUUUGUAGUUUUGUUAUGUAUUUUUAUGUUAAUUUAUUGCCCAAUUACUAGAUAAUUUGCUGUUAUUUUAUUUGUAAGUCUAUUAAAUGCCUUCAAAAAUAUAUUUUUGGGAUACACCCAAUAACACUAAUUAUGGAAAAAACAACGAAUUAAUAUCCCAGCAAACAUUGAGGUCCAUAAACCGAUUAUCCAACUAGUUUAUUUUUUAUAUAAUAACCACAUUUUUAACAUUUUGAUGUUGAUGGUAUUAAUUUAUUGCUCUUGAUUUCUAAAUUUGGCUUUAAUAUGUUUUUGCAAUACAUAUUUUCUAGUGUAAUUAGGUCUUUAUAAAUAAACUAAGUAAGUGCAUUUAUUAAGUAAUCGAUUUUUAAGUAUUUUGUGCACAAUUUUAAAAAUUUGUGUAACAUAUA